AUGCCCAUGCUGUCUGAACCUUGGAAGAAAUACAAAAGGUUUCCUCCUAUUCACCUGCCCGGGCGACAAUGGCCGGACAAGACGCUCGACAAGGCCCCUCGGUGGCUGGCCACUGACCUUCGAGACGGCAAUCAGAGUCUGGUUGACCCCAUGAAUGGUGACGAAAAGUGGAAGUUUUUUCAAAUGCUCGUCAAGCUCGGCUACAAAGAAAUCGAAGUCUCUUUCCCCUCUGCCUCUGACACCGACUUCAACUUCACGCGAAAGUUGAUUGAAACGCCUGGCGCCGUCCCCGACGAUGUGUAUCUACAAGUUCUGUCGCCGUGCAGAGAAGACCUCAUCCGACGAACAAUCGAGUCCCUCAAGGGCGCCAAAAAGGCCAUUGUACACAUCUAUCUAGCCACCAGCGAGUGUUUCCGGCGCGUCGUCUUCAACCAUAGCAAAGAAGCUGCCCUGGAGACCGCAGUCCGCUGCACGAAACUGGUCCGCGCCUUGACCAAGGAUGACCCGUCGCAAGAGGACACGGAUUGGGCUUUCGAGUUCAGUCCCGAGACCUUUUCCGACACGGAACCCGAAUUCGUGAUUGAUGUCUGCGAGGCUGUCAAGGCUGCCUGGGAGCCCACAGAGGCGAACCCGAUUAUUUUCAACCUGCCCGCCACUGUGGAAAUGUCAACGCCCAAUGUCUACGCUGAUCAGAUCGAGUACUUUUGCCGCAACAUCACGGAGCGCGAGAAGAUUUGCGUGUCCCUCCAUCCCCACAACGACCGUGGCUGCAGCGUGGCGGCUGCGGAGCUCGCUCAGAUGGCGGGCGCUGACCGAGUUGAGGGAUGCCUCUUUGGCAACGGCGAGCGCACCGGAAACGUUGAUCUGGUGACCCUGGCGCUGAACCUGUACACUCAGGGAAUUCACCCCAACGUUGACUUUUCGGAUCUGAACAGCGUCAUCGAGACGGUGGAGAUGUGCAACAAGAUUCCGGUCCACGAUCGCGCCCCCUAUGGCGGAUCCUUGGUCGUCUGCGCCUUUAGCGGCUCGCACCAGGAUGCCAUCAAGAAGGGUUUCCAAGUCCGCGACAGGGAGAAUGCGGCUUACGACGACAGAUGGCAAAUCCCAUAUCUGCCGCUGGAUCCCCAAGAUAUCGGCCGUACUUACGAGGCCGUUAUUCGCGUCAACUCUCAAAGCGGGAAGGGCGGUGCCGCGUGGAUCAUUCUACGCCAGCUCUCCCUUGACUUGCCUCGCGGCCUGCAAGUUGCCUUCUCCAAGGUUGUCCAGCGAAAAGCGGACGAGCUUGGCCGAGAGCUUCGUGCGCAGGAGAUUACCGAGCUGUUUGAAGAAACGUACUAUUUGAAGCAGAAUCCCCGCUUCAGCAUUGUCGACUACAGCAUCAUGCCCGACCGCUCCAAGUCUCCCGCCCCCGAGGCUGGCAAGACGCAGGACACCAAGGAUCUCAACCGUGUGUUCUCGGGCGUGGUUCGCUGCGACGGCAGGGAGUACAAACUGCGCGGACGUGGCAACGGUCCCAUUUCCAGCCUGGCAAGCGCACUGAAAAGCAUUGGCGUCAGCCUGGACGUCCAAGAUUACAAAGAACACGCCAUCGGCAAGGGUCGCGAUGUCAAGGCCGCGACGUACAUAGAAUGUACCGCCGCGGGAAGCAACGUGCCAGUCUGGGGCGUUGGCAUUCACCAGGACGUCGUCCAGAGUUCUUUAAUUGCUCUUCUGAGCGCUGCUAGCAAUUUUGCGUCUAGCCGACCGGGGAGUCCUUUCGCGGCAAAGCUAGCAGGGGAUGGCCAAGUCGACGAGACGGAUGCGGACGAGAUGAAUGGCAACAGCAAAGGGCCGUCAGUUCUGGUUAGUGCUAUGGAAGCACAAGCCAGCCAGAUGUAG